AUGGAUGGCCGUACUGCACGGCUAGCAGUACCCACAACGGGACUGGCAGCACGAGCAGCAGGAGACACGGCGCAUACCUACCACAUUCUAUAUGGGGAUGUGCACACGAAGACGUGCGCUCUCCGCCAGCGGACGGGCAGCAUGGCCUGCCUGCCGUUACCACAAGAGCCUUCACUUGGCCGUGAAGUACAUGUAACAGGGGAUCCGGGAAAACCAGUUGCUUCAACGCCACUGUGCCUCAUGGCGGAAGGCAGUGACUCCGCGGGCAUCAGUGGCAAUUCAGCCGAGCCCGUAGGCAAGGAGGGAGCCAAGAGGAGAGACGGCGAGAUGGCGGUCGAUGGAAGCAACUCUUGUGCCGCCAAAGACGUGGGCGACGUCGCAGAACGCGACGGGAAGAAUGACUCGGCCAAGUGCUCCCCUGUAGAGAGGGCAGAAGCCUUCAAGGCCGAGGGCAAUGAACUCUUUAAACAACACCAAUAUGCGGAGGCUGUUGCCAAAUACUCCGCUGCAGUUGAUGCGAUCGAUGAGUCAUCGCUGGACCCCAAAGAAACUCAGCUUCAUGUUUAUCUCUGCAACAGGUCCUUCGCGCAUCUAAGGAUGGAAAACUUUGGGUCGGCUAUCAUCGAUGCUGAACGUGCUCUGGAGCUCAACCCAAAGUUUUCAAAGGGGUAUUACCGUCGUGGGACUGGGUAUUUCUGCCUGGGAAACCUGAAAGCUGCACAGCGCGACUUCGAGAGAGUGUGCCAGCUGCGUGGCGGGAAGGAUGCAGAUGCUCUUUCUCGUCUGAACGAGUGCAAGAAGCAGCUGCGAGCUCAGGCGUUUGCAGCAGCAAUUCGCACCAAGCAAACAAUACCUGCAUCGAAGCAGGUUCUGGCUGAGGGUCUAGAGAAGCUGUUUCCAGUCCCAUCAGACUACACAGGACCUGUUUAUGAAAAGGGGAAAGUUGAUGUAAAAUUCCUUGAAUCGCUUCGUUCUUGGCUGCAUAACCCAGAGAAUCGUUUGCACCCGCAGUACGCGUAUGCAAUGGCUGUGGACUUCAUUGAAAUACUCGAACCUCUGCCCUCCUUAGUCAAUCUAGAAAUACCUGCUGAUAAGGAGAUUACAGUUUGCGGAGACGUUCACGGACAGUUUUAUGAUUUAGUAAACAUAUUCAAAAUCAACGGAAUGCCCUCUGAAGAUAACCCAUAUCUUUUCAAUGGAGAUAUAGUCGACAGAGGCAGCUUCUCAGUUGAGGUCUUGCUGAUGAUGGUUGCGUGCAAACUGGCGUAUCCGAACCACAUGCACAUUACUCGCGGAAACCACGAGACCAGCGAGAUGAAUGCAAUGUACGGGUUCAAGGGGGAGAUGCUGCACAAGUAUGAUGAACGCCUUUACCAAAUUUUCACUGAAGCGUUCCGCUUGUUGCCGCUGGCAUUUGUGGUGAACAACAAAGCAUUCGUAGUUCAUGGGGGUCUAUCUCGUCAGAAGGACGUAACCCUGGAUGACAUUAGGAAGAUUGACCGCAACAAGGAGCCAGGAUCAGAUGUGCUGAUGACGGAUUUGUUGUGGUCUGACCCCUCUCCACUUCCUGGACUGACCCCAUCAAAGAGAGGCGUUGCAUGUCAGUUCGGCCCCGACAUUACAGCCAAGUUCCUCAAGGACAACAACUUGAGCUUUGUUAUUCGUUCACACGAAAUGAAAGAGGAGGGUUAUGAAGUUGAACACGGCGGCAAACUGAUAACUGUAUUUAGUGCUCCGAACUAUUGUGACGAAAUGGGCAAUAAGGGGGCUUUUAUCAGGCUGAAAGGUUCCGAGAUGGAGCCGAAAUUCCACCAGUUUACGGCCGUUUCUCAUCCUCCAGGGCCUGCCAUGCAGUAUGCAAAUCCCAUGUUAAGUUUCGUAUAA